AAGCUGUAGUUUAUUUCCUGUUUCAUCACUCAGUCAGCGUGGGUUCGGCAUGUGAUGCUGCCCCCGCGCUCUUACUGUUGCAGGCCCCCCAGCGCAGCACUGCAGGAGAGGAGACAGAGAGACAGCCCUCACUGCUGGGAGCUGAGCUCUCCGGCUGUCAGUGGGCGGAGCCAAGCUCAGGCAGACGUUACAGACAGAAGGCCCACACUCCGGAGGAGCAGAGGUGACAGGAAGUGUAUGUUAAUGUAUUGCCCCCAAAGUGGUCUGUAGUACUGAAUAAGUAUUAAUGUUGUUCUGCCUGUGAGAAUUCCGUACAAUGGCUCGGCAGUUUACUUUAACCACUCAGAAACAAGAAUGUAUAAAGGAGACUUACCUGAAAGAGAUAAUGACACGCAUUAAUUGGCGGCAGCGCUAUGCACAGACUUUCCCAACUAUUGCAACAUUCAAAGCGAAGCCUAAGCUGCCACCUAUUACUGGUUCAAGCGUCCAUGUAACUAGUGAUGACAAAAGAUCUGAGAACAUCCAGCAAAAUGUCCAAACGCUAAAAGACCUGAGCAAGAGCGACAAAGUAGAGGCUACUAGUGUAAUGAAUACACAGAUGAAACCAGUCAGCCCCAAAACACGGAGUCUUCUCUAUAAUGGCACAUCCAAAGAGGAAGAGGGGAGGUACCGUUAUAUGAAGACAAGGAGUCAUCUCAAACCUGAGGAAAAAUACCUUUUCCCUUUAGCAACCAGCUGGGAAUAUGGAUGGGAGAUUGUCAACAUUGAUAACAAUAAUUGGCAUCGGCGUUGUCGUAUUGUGACUGACACCUUCUACCGGAAAAAUGGGAUACCUUCCGAGCCAAGCCCUAGAGAUAUGGCUUUGUAACCAUGGCAGGCAACUGGGCAAAUACAGUUACUUUCCAUGCUGUCAUUUCUUGCCCAGAUGAGUCUUGUCCUGAAUGUGGAGUUUUUGCAUCUGAACAUUAGAUACAUAUUACUUCCAAUAUUUUACUUGUCAUUUUGGGGAGUUAUAAUACAAACAACAUACUGUACAGUCAAUGAAACAGAAGGUAAAGAUAACCCUGCCUUAGUACACUUACAGUCUAUAAGAGUUGUGGUGAAUAAAUAAUGCACAGGUAGAAAAAUAAUAUAGCUGUGGCUGGGAAGAGUUGUAUGUGAGGGUAAGGGUCAGGGCAGGACGAUAGAAGCAUUACCAGCCACCAAUAUUAAAGCAGCCAAUAGCAGCUGGUAUUUCUCCUCAACUACUGGCGUGGUACUGCAGGAACAAGGAAAGCCCUGAAAGAUGAACUAGUCACUGUAGAGAUCUAAAAACAGCUGCUGGCAAAUAUAAUUCUCCUUCACCUUUUAUCUGAACUGAACCCCUCAUCUUCUGGUCUGGAGAAGACUUGUGCUGACAACUUAGGAGUAGUUGUGUGGCCAGCUACCCUGGAUGCUCUACUAUAUGUAAAGCCAGGACACAUGUUCCUUUUGUUUCUGUUGCCAUGAAGAGUCCACAAGGAUCACCAAAGAUGGUAUCAGCGUGGUUUGGUCCAGCAGCAGAAUAGAGAUGGUGUUUCAGUAGAUCUUAAAAAUGAAUGUUCUGAAUGUAUGAGACUCCCUAGCACCACUUUUAUAUUCCCCACCCCCCUGCCUUCAUACAUUUGUUCCUGUUUUGUAUAGAAUGCCAUAGCAUAAUUAUGUUAGUUGUGCAAAUAAAAUACCAUGAAGACCUGCA